GUAGAUAGAAUCCUGUUUCCUUUUUCAGUGUUCAUUUUUGUUCAUAAUCGUUUUAAGUUUGAAGUGGGAAAAACUAAAAUUUGUUGAAAACGAUGGAUUUGUACGAGACCGACGUUAUGUUUUAAUGUUGUUGGGUAACAAAGCAGCGAAAGAAUUGUACAACUUAUCCAUCUUCAAAAUGAUCGUUGGAUGAGAAGUGCAUUUUGCUGUCAUAUAAUAGUAGUGUGAUAUAAGUUAUCAUUCAUCUAUAAGAUUGCAUUGUUUAUGUAGGUACUCGUACAUUUAAACGCAGGAGGACUACAAUGAAUCAAAUAGUAAUAGAUUCUUCAGAUGAGGAUGAUACAUAUACAAGUUCAGUUGCCCGCUUAAGAGCAUUGAAGAGGAAACGUUUUGAAGAUGAACAGCUUGUUAAGUCAACUAGCAUUGUGGUAACAAAUGGUAAAGAUGAUAACAUAACAAGUACUAGUUGUGAAGUUGUACCACAUGUUAUACCAGAUGACAGUAUUAUAGAAAAAAAAACUGCAAUGACAAGAUCUAGAACUAGAAAGAAGGGUAAAUCUAGAGAUAAUGGUAGAUAUACAAAAUAUCCUGCUACCACUACCAGAUCAACCAGAAGGCGUCCAUUUAUUAAUAAUCUAGAUUGCAAUGUGGAAUUUGUAUCACUAGAGGUCAACCCUAAUUCUGUUUCCAAAUGUAACAAAAAUGAUACUGUUACCUUCUCCUCAAACAAUACUAUCGCCUUGUCCUCGGAUGAUGAUGCUAAUGGCGAAGAUGAUAAUUACGAGAUAACCGUCAAAGUAUUAUGGAGAUCUAUUAGGCUCGACCGUCUGAGUAUGCGUAGACAUGACAGCUUCUUAAAGAUUUUUCAACAUUAUGCUGACUUGGAGAAAGUCUCUGUGAAUGAAGUUUUAAUCAUGAGGAACGAUAAAAUCAUUAGUUUCGACGAUACGCCCGCUUUGCUCAAACUUUCAGUUGUUGAUAUCCUCGAUGGCGGCAUAGUGAAUCCAGGUAUGAGACCAAAUACGGAUAAAGACGCUAAUGAGAAUGAUGCAUACAAUAUUAAGGUGCAAACAGCGAAUAAAAAGCAGUCGUUGACUUUCCCGCUCAAAAAAAAUGAACAAUUUCAAGCGUUAUUCUCUUAUUGCGCGUCACACUUCGGCGAGAAGGAAGGUAGACUAAAGUUCUACUUCGACGGAGAACAAAUCAACCCAACCGAUACGCCAGAAUCGUUGGAUAUAGAAGGGGAAGCAUGUAUCGAUCUUCAGAUCUCAUCCGGCUAACUUGCACCAAAUAAAGCGGAAACUUUUUACGUCAUGUUCUGCCAUUACAUCUGAUUGACGUUAUGCCGUUUUUGAACUUCUCAGAAGUUUAAUACAAGAAUGUUACAUAUUUGAAAACUGCGCAUUCCUGAGAGAUUACUAGUAAUAUGAAGUGUAAUUAAUAAAUGCAUUAACUAUAUUAAUAAGUCAA